AGGCGCGGGGGAGCGGCGGGGGCCGCCGCCACGGCCGCCCGCGAGAUUUGUAAGGCUCCAGAGCCUUCAAGCUGUGAUUAAUCGGAUGGUUCCUGAAGUUGCUUAGAGAAUAGUCGCCUCGUGUGCCGUUUGAAGAGUGUGUAUCCAUGUAUGUUUAAGACCUUCUGUACAAGCGUGUUUACUGAAGAAGACCGUCUCAUCUUGUACACACUUGAGUUUCACAACUUAGAAAAAUUAAGAAAUAGAUGGAGCAACUUGACACCACGAGGCUCCAGAGCUCUGGGAGAAAAAUGCAUCACUAACAGCCAGUUUUCCUCAUGGUCUUCACGGCUUUAGCAGCGGAAAUUUGUCCAGAAAACAUGCCAGAGGCUGGCUUCAGAAGGAAGUUGAUGAGCCCGUGCGCUCUGUCUCUGCAUCCAAACUUUGGAAUAGAGAAUUCCAGCUAGAGGGAUUCUUAAAGCCUUAAGUUACUUGAAAUCUAUGUAUUUGCAACCUGUUGUCUCUGGAAUCAUAUUAUACUAAACUGGAAUCUCAGGCUGAGUGAGAAUAACCCAAGUUGAGUAAAAAGGGGAGAACCGUUCCUUGAUCGCCAGUGACCGAUGAUGCUCUUUCCCCAAAGGAUCAGCGUGUUCUUCCCUUAAGGACUUGAACCUAAAAACGGACCACACUUUUUUUAAGCAUUACCUUUUCUUAGCAGACUGCCAUCAUCUUUUAUAGAGGAAUUUUUUCACUAUGCAUUUGGUGGAUCUUUAUAAAAUGCUGACCUUCUAACUAAAUCCAGGUCAGUGUCAAGUAAAGGGGACAAAGGCAACGGAAGCCAGGCACAGUACAAGUAAACAAGCCAAUGAAAGACAUUGGUUUGAAUUCUCCAGCAUUAAGCAUUAUUUUAAAACUAAAACAGUACAUUGGGAAAAAGUAUGUAUGCAGCGGUGGAACAUGGACCUGUGCUCUGCAGCGACUCCAACAUCCUCUGCCUGUCCUGGAAGGGACGUGUCCCCAAGAGCGAGAAGGAGAAACCGGUGUGCAGGAGGCGCUACUACGAGGAGGGCUGGCUGGCCACUGGCAAUGGGCGGGGCGUGGUAGGCGUGACCUUCACCUCCAGCCACUGCCGCAAGGACCGGAGUACACCACAGAGGAUAAACUUCAACCUGCGGGGCCACAACAGUGAGGUGGUACUGGUGAGAUGGAACGAGCCAUACCAGAAACUGGCCACGUGCGACGCAGAUGGAGGAAUAUUUGUGUGGAUUCAGUACGAAGGCAGGUGGUCCGUGGAACUGGUCAACGACCGAGGGGCUCAGGUGAGUGAUUUCACAUGGAGCCACGAUGGGACUCAGGCGCUGAUAUCAUAUCGUGAUGGGUUUGUCCUGGUCGGUUCUGUCAGUGGACAAAGACACUGGUCGUCUGAGAUCAACUUGGAAAGUCAGAUUACUUGUGGCAUAUGGACUCCUGAUGACCAACAGGUGCUGUUUGGCACGGCUGACGGGCAGGUGAUCGUCAUGGACUGCCAUGGCAGGAUGCUGGCCCAUGUCCUCCUGCAUGAAUCGGAUGGCAUCCUCAGCAUGUCCUGGAACUACCCCAUCUUCCUGGUGGAAGACAGCAGCGAGAGCGACACAGACUCAGAUGACUACUCCCCACCCCAAGAUGGCCCCGCAGCAUACCCCAUCCCAGUACAGAACAUCAAACCUCUGCUUACUGUCAGCUUCAGCUCGGGGGACAUCAGCUUGAUGAAUAACUACGAUGACUUGUCGCCUACUGUCAUCCGCUCAGGGCUGAAAGAGGUGGUGGCCCAGUGGUGCACACAGGGAGACUUGCUGGCAGUCGCUGGGAUGGAGCGGCAGCCCCAGCUUGGCGAGCUCCCCAAUGGGCCCCUUCUGAAGAGUGCCAUGGUCAAGUUCUACAAUGUGCGUGGGGAACACAUCUUCACACUGGACACGCUUGUGCAGCGCCCCAUCAUUUCCAUCUGCUGGGGCCACCGAGACUCCCGGUUGCUGAUGGCUUCCGGCCCAGCCCUGUACGUGGUCCGUGUGGAGCACCGGGUGUCCAGCCUUCAGCUGCUGUGCCAGCAGGCCAUCGCCAGUGCCCUCCGGGAGGACAAGGACGCCAGCAAGCUGACCCUGCCCCCUCGCCUCUGCUCCUACCUCUCCACGGCCUUCAUCCCCACCAUCAAGCCCCCAAUUCCAGACCCCAACAACAUGCGAGACUUUGUCAGCUACCCCUCUGCCGGCAACGAGCGGCUUCACUGCACCAUGAAGCGCACGGAGGAUGACCCGGAAGUGGGUGGUCCGUGUUACACACUCUACCUGGAGUACCUGGGUGGGCUUGUGCCCAUCCUGAAGGGGCGCCGUGUCAGCAAGCUGCGGCCCGAGUUCGUCAUCAUGGACCCACGGACAGACACGAAGUCAGAUGAAAUCUAUGGAAACAGCUUGAUUUCUACUGUGAUCGACAGCUGCAACUGCUCAGACUCCAGCGACAUCGAGCUGAGCGAUGACUGGGCUGCCAAGAAGUCGCCCAAAAUCUCCAGAGCUAGCAAGUCACCCAAACUCCCAAGGAUCAGCAUUGAGGCCCGGAAAUCCCCCAAGCUUCCCCGGGCUGCCCAGGAUAUCUCGCGGUCUCCACGGUUGCCCAUGCGCAAGCCGUCCAUCGGCUCACCCAGCCUGACACGGAGAGAGUUUCCUUUUGAAGACAUCACUCAGCACAACUACCUUGCUCAGGUCACGUCCAACAUCUGGGGAACCAAAUUUAAGAUUGUGGGCUUGGCUGCUUUCCUGCCAACCAACCUCGGUGCAGUAAUCUAUAAAACCAGCCUGCUGCAUCUCCAGCCACGGCAGAUGACCAUUUAUCUCCCAGAAGUCAGGAAGAUUUCCAUGGACUAUAUUAACUUACCUGUCUUCAACCCAAAUGUUUUCAGUGAGGAUGAAGAUGAUUUACCAGUGACAGGAGCGUCUGGUGUCCCUGAGAACAACCCGCCUUGUACCGUGAACAUCCCUAUAGCACCGAUCCACAGCUCAGCUCAAGCUAUGUCACCUACCCAGAGCAUUGGUUUGGUGCAGUCCCUGCUGGCCAAUCAGAAUGUGCAGCUGGAUGUCCUGACCAAUCAGACAACAGCUGUAGGAGCAGCAGACCAUGCAGGUGACAAUGCCAGCCAGUAUCCCAUCUCCAACCGGUAUUCUAGCCCUGGACAGGUGAUUUUUGGAGGUGUAGAGAUGGGCCGUAUUGUUCAGAACCCCCCUCAGUUGUCCCUGCCACCACCGCCACAGGGAGCACUACAGUUAUCAGUGGUGGACCAUGGAGAGCGAGACCAGGAGCACCUGCAGAAGCCAGCUAAGGCCCUGCGGCCAGUGCCCCAGCUGGCUGCCGAGGGGGACGCUGUGGUCUUCAGUGCCCCGCAGGAGAUCCAGGUGGCAAAGAUGAACCCCCCGCCCCCAUACCCAGGAACCAUCCCUGCUGCUCCCACUACUGCGGCACCCCCACCCCCUCUGCCACCACCUCAGCCUCCCGUGGACAUGUGCUUGAAGAAGGGUGAUUUCUCCCUGUACCCCACGUCUGUGCAUUACCAGACCCCGCUGGGCUACGAGAGGAUCACCACCUUCGACAGCAGUGGCAACGUGGAGGAGGUAUGUCGGCCUCGCACACGGAUGCUCUGCUCCCAGAACACCUACACCCUCCCAGGCCCGGGCAGCUCGGCAACCUUGAGGCUCACGGCCACCGAGAAGAAGGUCCCCCAGCCCUGCACCAGUGCCACCCUCAACCGCCUCACCAUCCCGCGCUACUCCAUCCCCACGGGGGACCCACCUCCAUACCCUGAGAUUGCCAGCCAGCUGGCCCAAGGGCGAAGUGCUGUCCAGAGGCUGGAUGGUAGCCUCAUCCAUGCCACCUUGCGGAGGAACAACCGUGAGGCCACACUCAAGAUGGCCCAGGUGGCUGACAGCCCUCGAGCUCCCCUGCAGCCACCGCCGGCCAAGCCCAAGGGCGGCCCUGCUGGGGUACAGCUCCCCGCACGCCCCCCGCCUGCCCUGUACACCUGCAGCCAGUGCAGCCCGCAGCCGGGUGCCGUGCUGGCGCACGCGGUCAGCACCUCCCCACUGGCCUCCCAGUCCUCUUACAGUCUCCUGAGCCCCCCGGACAGCUCCCGUGACCGCACCGACUACGUCAACUCGGCCUUCACAGAGGAUGAGGCCCUGUCCCAGCACUGUCAGCCCGAGAAGCCACUGAGGCACCCCCCGCUGCCCGAAGCUGCUGUCCCUGUGAAGCGGCCACCCCCUUACCAGUGGGACCCUGUGCUGGGUGAGGACAUUUGGGUACCUCAGGAAAGGACAGCACAGACUGCAACACCCAACCCUUUAAAACUGCCCCCUCUGAUGCUUGGUCAGGGCCAGCACCUGGAAGUAUCCCGAGUACCCUUCGUCUCCCCCAAGUCUCCAGCCAGCCCUACUGCCACUUUCCAGACAGGCUAUGGGAUGGGAGUACCGUACCCAGGAAGCUACAACAACCCCCCUUUGACCGGAGUGCCAGCUCCCUGUGCCCCCAAAGAUGCCCUGGCACCAGCCCAGUUUGCACAACCAGAGUCUGCUAUGGUCCUUCAGCCCACGUACCCGCCUGGCCUCUCCCCGUAUUGCACCUUGCCCCCCAUGUACCCCGGAGGCAGCACGUGCUCCAGUUUACAGCUGCCAGCUAUCGCCUUGCACCCCUGGAGUUCCUAUAGCACCUGCCCCCCCAUGCAGAACCCCCAGGGUACUCUCCCUCCAAAGCCCCACCUGGUGGUGGAGAAGCCCCUCGUGUCCCCACCACCCACUGACCUCCAAAGCCACAUGGGCACAGAGGUGAUGGUGGAGACAGCAGACAACUUCCAGGAAGUCCUCUCCCUGACAGAAAGCCCCGUCCCCCAGCGGACAGAAAAGUUUGGCAAGAAGAACCGGAAGCGCCUGGACAGCCGAGCGGAGGAGGGAAGCGUCCAGGCCAUCACUGAGGGCAAAGUGAAGAAGGAGGCCAGGGCUCUGGGUGACUUCAACUCCCUCAUCUCCAGCCCCCGCCUCGGGAGGGAGAAGAAGAAAGUCAAGAGUCAGAAAGACCAGCUGAAGUCAAAGAAGUUGAAUAAGACGAACGAGUUCCAGGACAGCUCUGAGAGCGAGCCCGAGCUGUUCAUCAGCGGGGACGAGCUGAUGAACCAGAGCCAGGGCGGCCGGAAGGGCUGGAAGAGCAAGAGGAACCUGCGCACGGCCAGCGAGCUGGAGGAGGCCAAGUGCCGCAAGGCCAGCGAGAAGGAGGACGGGCGGCUGGGCAGCCAGGGCUUCGUGUAUGUGAUGGCCAACAAGCAGCCCCUGUGGAAUGAGGCCACGCAGGUCUACCAGCUGGACUUCGGAGGGCGGGUGACCCAGGAGUCUGCCAAGAACUUCCAGAUUGAGUUGGAGGGACGGCAGGUGAUGCAGUUUGGUCGGAUUGAUGGCAACGCCUACAUCCUGGACUUCCAGUACCCUUUCUCAGCCGUGCAGGCCUUCGCCGUGGCCCUGGCCAAUGUGACUCAGCGGCUCAAGUGAAGAGGCUGGCGUGGGCCCCUGAGAAGGAGCCUGUGUGGCCUUGCAGUAGGGCACCAGGAGACCUCGGCACCACUGGGAGCGGCCCUGGCUGAGACGGGGCCUGACCUGCAGUCACUGUCAUUCGUCUGGGUUUUGGCUCUCAUUCAUUGAGUUCCUUUCUUUUUGUUGGGAGGGUGGUGUGGGAAGGUGCAGGGUGCUGGUGCUCCUUCAUUCCUGCAGCAGGUGGACGGGGCUGGUGGAGUUUGGCCAGCCUGGGGCCCUCGGGGUGAAGACGGACUGCCUUCUCGCCUGCUGUUCUAGACACAGGGAGAAUGCAUUCCUGCUCACCCUCCACGACCUCUAGUUUUGUCACUCCUCCAGUAUCACCACUAGUGGACACAAAAAUCAUAAAAAAAAAAACCACAGCCAAAAAUCCUGAAGAUGCAGAUUCUUUUGGGGAGGGGGUAUUUAAUUCACACCCUCUCUGUUUGCCCCCCAAGAGGGAGACUUGAUACACAGAGGCUAUUUGGGCAAGUGCACUGUAUUUGAUGAAUAAAAGUAGGCACUUUCCAGGGUGCUGUCACCAAGCAUUAGUGUGCUCGGCUCACCAGUGACAUCAGGCAGCGGCUGCUGGGGGAGGGGUUGUACACGCAGACUGGUGCACUGUGCCCUGCACACCUACCGUGGAGAAGGGCCACCUUGCACUCUGAGACCCCACUGGUUUCCCACCAGGUUGGCAGUGCAGAAGGCCCAUGAGGAGCUCCUAGUAGGGACAGCUGACUUAGGAGUCGGUGAAAAACGGAAAAGGCUGUGGCUGCAGCAGCAGCAGCCCAGUGGUGAGUCACCACAUCCCACCUGGAGAAACCACCUCUGCCCUUCCGGUCCCCUCCUAGUGGCUACUCUGGAGGGUCUGUGCAGUGGACCCCCACUGCUCUCUGCUGUCCUCUGUGCCAGUGUGGGCAAGACUUGACUUAAACCCACUCCUCCCCCACCUCUUGGCAACCUGAAGAUUUCAGUUUUCCAGAAAUGUUUUCCAACACCAAACAGAACCCAGAGCAUUUGCCAGAUCAUUGCAAGGCAGGAGUAUGGCCAAGGUUUGACAGGAGUUCUACCAUCUUCCCUAUGCCAAAACCCAAGAGAAGCUCUUCAUUAACUGGGCAGACUGCUUACUAAGGAGAAAUACCACUCAGAACGUUGACCAUCGUAGUACUUAAAGUAGAUGGUUGUUGACUCUUUGUUAGUUGGAAAAAAUCCAUGCAUCAUAUUUUUCCUACCUCCCUCAUCUUGGGCAAGAUUUCAUUACCUAGUAACAAGCCCUGGGUUUGCUCUUCAGCUCUUCACACCUGUGAUGUUUAAGCACAGGUUUUGUUUGAAAACGUACCAAUGGAAGAUGCUAAAAGCUGUUUUAGUUCCCUAUUUUCGUUUAAAAACUGGGGGGAAGUGAAGUGGUCCAUCGUUUCCCACAGUGAGAUGACGUCACUACCCUCCAUCCCGUGCUCCAGAGGCCCUGGCGAGGCUUUCACGUGUGGUGGGUGUCUGGUGCCGAGUGCCGAGUAUCCUGUUUCACAUGUAAACCAUGGGAGCUAAUUUUGGUGGGUGAAUUUUUUCCAGAAAGAACUGGUUAGUCUUUUCAGAAGUAUCUAAUUCUUUAUAUGAGUUUCUGUAGCUUGGUAGAAUGUUUCAAUGCUUAUUAUUAAUGGUGCAAUAAUUGUUGUAGCCUGUUUCUAAAAUAAUUUAAAAGCAGUUCCCCUGUUGUUUUGUCCAAGAGGUAAUUAUUUAUCUUGCUUUUCAUAGUAUUAGGAAUUAUUUUGUUACUAUGUAUUGGUGAGUUACACCCAUCUUAUUAUUUAUUUAGAAAACUAGUAUCUUUGUAACAGCUUACUUGGUAGAAGUAUAUUUUACUGCGAGAAAUAAAGAGGAUAUGAGAGAAGGGGGUUUUUGGCUGGAGAAUUUGUAAGAUUUUUCUAAAUGGGAAAAAAAUCCCUACUAGUCCUUUAAAAAUAAAUUUCUUCUAAUGUUUUAUGAUAUUGA